AUACGACCAAUGAGGUGAGUGCAACCGGCUCUAUUGAGUAUGCCGGUGGUGGGCGUGUUUACCAUAGGCUACCCCAACAGAAAAUUCUUAGCCUACCUCCUCACUAGUGUUAUCUCACGUUACUGACAGAGCGGAUGAGGCUAUGCAAAGUGUAUGUUGCCGGAUAGGUGGACUAAGUGCUUCACAUGUGUAAGGUGCGUGAUUUGAUCAGUUUCCUUUCGGUGCUGUGUUGCUGGGGUCGGAUCGUGAUUAUUCAACUCUGCCAUGAGUCGUGCGCCUACUUCAACCCCACUUGUUUUCACUGGAAGGAACAUGCGUUAAAACGUGAAACCACUGAUCAUAUCUGCAGUGGAGCCAUGAGGUAGAUACGCCAGUACACAGAAGAACAGAAAAACCUCCCAACCAGUGUGGACUUGUACUCUUGUGUGUGAGUGUGUGUGUGUGUGUGUGUGUGUGUGGUGUUCUAUUGUGUAAGAGUGUGUGCGUAUGAUUGGUAUAAGGGGGGCCUCUGUUGCCCGUCUCUCCUCACGGACAGGGUUGCCAGGAAUGGCGACCCACGAUGCUUUGCUGCUGCUUGUGCUAUGGCUGUGCUGUUUGUCGGCGUGGGGGGGCUACCCCUUCAGGCCACCGCUGGAGCUGGACGUCACCCCGCGAACCACCGUGUUUGCCAGCGGGCUUCUCGGGUGUGAGCGGUUCCAAGGCUCUGUGGUGAACUACAGCACCCUGCUGCUGGAGGAGAAGGGAGAGAGAGUGGAGAAGGCGGGGGAGGCUCAGGGAGGUGAAGAGGGCGAGGCUGGAGGAGGAGGAGGAGGAGUGCUGUACGUCGGAGCCAGGGGUGCUGUUUACGCCCUACAGGCCAACAACAUCUCAGCCAGCCCACCACGCACAAUCGAGUGGGAGGCCCCAGUGGACCAGAAGAAACAGUGCCUCAAUAAGGGCAGAGACAACAAAACUGAGUGCUUCAAUCACAUCCGGUUCCUGCAGCGCUUCAAUAGCACACACCUAUACACGUGUGGAACACAUGCCUUCAAGCCCCUCUGUGCAUACAUUGAUGCAGACAAGUUUCAGAUUUCUUCUGGGUUCGAGGAGGGACGUGAGAAGUGUCCGUAUGACCCUGCGAAAGGCUACACCGGACUCCUCAUAGAUGAGCAAAUGUACACGGCCACUCAGUAUGAGUUCAGGAGCUCCCCUGACAUCAAGCGGAACUCUCCCACCCCCACCAUCAAGACAGAGGAGGCCCCCACAAGAUGGCUCCUGGAGGCAGACUUUGUGGGCUCGGCGUUGGUGCGCGAGAGCCUGAACAGCUCAGUGGGCGAUGACGACAAGAUCUACUUCUUCUUUACGGAGAAGAGCCAGGAGCAGACGGCCUUUGGCGGUCAGGGCCGAGUCGCCCGCGUCGCCCGCAUCUGCAAGGGUGACCGUGGGGGUCACCUGACACUACAGAGGAAGUGGACGUCCUUCCUGAAAGCACGGCUCACCUGCUCGCUGCAUGACUACCAGCUCCACUUCAAUGUCCUGCGCAGCAUCUUCACCAUCAGAGGAGUCUCGGCGCAGGACACCCUCUUCUACGGCAUCUUCGGACUGGAGUGGAAAAACGUGAAGGCGUCAGCCAUCUGUCAGUACUCCAUUGGGGACAUGUGGCAGGUGUUUGAAGGGCCCUACAUGGAGAGCCAGGACACCAGUUUCAAGUGGAGCGAGUACACGGGCAAGACCCCCGAACCGCGCCCCGGAUCGUGCAUCACGGACAGGCUGCGGGCCAAGGGCAUGAACUCGUCCUUUGACCUGCCGGACGACGUGUUGCACUUUGUGCGCCGGCACCCACUCAUGUUCCAGCAGGUGCAGCCACGGCUGCAGCGCCCCCUGCUGUUCAAGCGCAGCACGGACUACACCCAGCUGGCCGUCCACAGCCAGCCUGCGCUGGACGGCCACACGUACAGCGUGCUUUUCAUCGGGACAGAUGAGGGCUGGCUACACAGAGCUGUAGAGGUCGAAGGUCGUCUGCAUAUCAUUGAGGAGCUACAGCUCUUUGAGCAGGCCCAGCCUGUGGACAGUAUUGUCAUCUCCGGAACUCAGAGGAGUGUGUAUGUGGGCUCUGCCUCCGAGGUGGUGCAGUUGCCCAUGUCCACCUGUGGCAGGUACGCCUCCUGCUAUGACUGCGUGUUCUCCAGAGACCCCUUCUGUGCCUGGGAUGGGGAUGGGGAGCAGUGUGUGGAGGUCUCGACUCACUCUGACAGGUCUAAUCUGACGCAGGACAUUCAGCAGGGGAACCGGGGUUGUGAGAAUGAGACGGCAGAUGUCUUGCAGCGCAGACGCUUGGUGAUGCAAGGCGACGAUGUGCUGCUGCAAUGUGAGCUGAGCUCCAACGUGGCAUCGCCGGAGUGGACCCUCGAUGGCGUGCGUCUCCAGGGCUACGGGCUGGACUCGGGUUUCCGCGUGGGCACCGACGGCCUGCUGCUGAUCUCCGUGCGGCCCGAGCAGAGUGGCCACUACCGCUGCUUCGCCUUGGAGAAUGGCGCGCGCAUGCCCAUGGCCGCCUACGAGGUCGCCGUCCUCACGGAACGACCUCCGGUGCACCCGCCCGACCCCGCAGUCGAGCCCACGCAGCCGCCCGAGGACCUUGCCGGCACAGAGGACCUCACCACCCAGCAGCCCGGUCUACACACCUCUCGUCCCCCCAGCCAGAGCUCCACCAGCUCCGCCACUCGGCCCCAGCACCACUCCUUGACCCCUCCCCCGCCCGCCCCUCCCCUGCUGCCCCGCUCCGACUUCCUGUCCCUGAAAAACAUGGAGGCCAUGUACCUGUCCCUGGUGACCAUCCUGGGUGGGCUGUGCCUGGUGCUGACCGUGGUGCUGCUCUACGUGGGCUUCUGUGUGAGCGGGCGGCGGGGGAAAUACUCGCUGUCCCGUGCCCAGCGCCACCGCUGCGGCGGCGCCCUGGAGCUCCGCACCGUCUCCUCGCACUGCAACGGGACGUGCCGGCCGGGGAGGGGCGACUCGCACGUUGACGGGCUCCUCCAGAUCGUGCCCGGCGAGGGCCAGGCCUCGCCCAACAAGGACCACGCCUUGCUCCCGCCCGCUCCGCCCUUGCCGCCACCGCCCGUGACUGAGGCGGAGUUCGCCAACGGGCUGGCAGCGACGCUACCCAGCGUGCUGAGGAAGAUGAAUGGGAACAGCUACGUGCUGCUGCGCCAGAGCGAAUCAGAGAGCACCUCGCCACUCUACUACUCCUUCACCGAGGAGCUCAGCCGCAUCCUGGAGAAGAGGAAGCACACGCAGCUGGUGUCCAAGCCAGAUGAGAGCUCUGUGUAACACCUCUGCCCUUUCACAGUGCCCCUGUGUGGUGGGAGGUCUCAACUGCACCUCCCCCCCACCCCCCGCUGUGAAAGAUGUCAAGAGCUGGGAAUUUGAUGACCAUUUUAAAUUCAAACCCUCCUUAACCCUGGAGUAAGAGGUCCUGCACUGACUGAAUUCAUGACAAGUAAACUGUGCACAUGUUUAGCAUUUGUUAAACACUUCAAAUGACAUAAAUUAACAACAUUUGCCCCUCAAAUUGUGGGCUCAAAUGCCGAUAACACAACUACAGAGACUUGGAGAACAACCUUCUAUGGAGUAUCUACCUCAGCCGUAGCCCGGCCACGUUCCUCAUCGUCCAUGAAGAAGGCCAAGACUUCGGGAGCCAGUGGGGUCACCAGAGUCUCAGCCACAUAUAAAAUUACGACUACAAAGGCGUUGUCCUCUGAAACAGCCUCAAAAGCCACGGCUAUGGACUGAGCAGAACUUUGCCCUUAGGGAGCGUUGGAGCGGCACCAGGACUUAGAUGGGGCCAAGGGAUGAAAGGGAGGCUUGGCUGAGAGAAGCUGCCCCUGCUUCACUUAUCCGUUCGCAAAAUGGAGGCAGCUGGCCAAAAAAGACAAGCAAGACGUGCUCUGUGUCUAAACAAGCAGUCUGCAAUAUGAUGUCUUUGCUCUUUUUUAUGUGUCUUAUGAAAUGUGCUUCUUCUUUUGCUCUUGUAAUUUAUUAUGACACCAACCAUACUGAUAUACAACUAAGAUAAACUGCCAACUAACGAUGUGAUAUCUACCUAAAGUGGUCCAUUUUUAAAAAAAAGAGAAAGCCUUUGUAAAUAACGACCUUGUCCUUGAGGUCUGAGUAAAACAAGAGACUUUGAUACUUACAGUAUUAAUCUUUUGGAAGCACUUUAUAAGUUCCGGCCUUGGGCUUCUCAAGUGACAGUUGGGGAGUGAAGUGACUCUUGCCAGAGUAUUAUUAUAGGAUGGAGCAGCAGCACCCACACUGAUCAGAACUGUUUCACCUAAUAGGUAACUAAUUCAAAAGGAGCCACUUGAUCAACUACACCUCGCCUGGACUUAUAUCAGCCAGCCACUGGAUCACUCUGACCAUGACACGUCAAGCCACUAACACUGAUAUGUAGGAUAUCUUCCAGAUGGGAGUUUUGUGCAUUCUGGGUAAUCUGCCACUGGAUCUACAGACCACCUAGGUGGCCAGAGACUCUCCUUUUAAAAGGAUAAAGAAAACAUCCCUCAUGUCUGUACGUCCGUGAGAUCAGUCCUCUGCAUGCACCUUUUUAUCCCUCCUUCUCUCUCUCCCUCCCUCCCUCCCUCCUUCCCAUCCUGAAGUGGGGGGGAUCAGUGGCGACUUGGUUUCCAUAGCAACAGCAAGUAACGGAGGUAAGCAGAUGUUGACCUGCCAGCUUUCCCCCCUUUCAAAUGAACUCCUUGGUGUCUUUCUGCUCUUGCCCUGUCAGCGCCUUCACUCAGAGCUCUCCACUUACGCUGGAGAGACGAGCUCUUGUCACGCAUGUAUCUCAGUUCACCGGCGGUUUUGGGGGGGGGGUUAUGGAUAAUUUGGCAGUGUCGGCUGAGUAGACAGGUCGGAAGGCUGCUACGGUGCUUGUGUUGUGUUGGCAACUGGCCAGAUAUCAUCUCUCUCGCGCUUCAGUGCACUUACCUGUUGUACUCGGCGUGUAUGGAGACAUGGAGGGCCUGGCACGCUGUUACUCAGGGAGGGUAGAAGGAGGCGGGAGUGAUUUAAGCCUAAUCUAGCGAGCUGUGUAGCUCCCCCAUAUCCUAGCACCCCAUAGCCAUACUCCCCCACAUCCGUCUCAUACACAUCCUUCACUUACACAUGUUUUUGCCUUGUGCUGAUAUCGGAAUUCUUUCUUUUCUCAUCAAUUAUAUUUUUCUCCACCUUCUCUUUUAUUGGCAUUGAUUUUUUCUUGUGCUUUCACUUCUAGUUUCUCUUUUCAACCAUUCUGUUUUUUUUUCUUUCAUUCUGACUUCUGCGGUGCUUCUUCUUCUCUAUCAGUUCUAUCUCUGUCUUAUGCUCCCUCCUUACCUCUCCCUCUCUCUCUCUCUGUUUUUCAUUCACCCACUCUCACUCUCAUUGUUCUCAUGGCUGUACUGAAACUGCGUUCCCAGCAGAGCACAAGGCCACUGCUUUCCUGGUAGCACACAAAGCCUUUUCUGCUGAUUCCUUUAUUUGAUUUUUUCCCCUCUUCUCUUCUCACUCAGUUGAUAUUUCAUCUCGCCCUCCCAUAUAGAGAGAGAGUAGUGUUUCCUUCUCCCUUUGAGACAUCCUGCUUGGGGAUGUGAAGGAUUGAACAUGUGUGACCCAAUCAGACAAGCCAUAGCAUGUCCAGGAAAGACAUCUUACUGCCUGAUAAGUAUAUGCUGACUCUGAUGAGGCUUGAAAAGAAACCAAGAUCCUUAAAAAUCUUUAUGUGGGACUUGAAAGACAGAUGAAUGAACAAUGAACAACAAUCACAUAUGGUUUGAGCCCCAUUGGUUGACAUAGGCACCUAUAUUUAUGAAUGAAAUACAAUAUUAAUUUAACUGCCAUUAUUGAGGCAUCUGUGCCUAUCUGUGUAGUUCAGUGGGUGUUGAUAUUAAUAGCAGUAGCAGUAAUAGCUCAUCUUAUACUGCAAAUCAUGUUGUGUCAGAUCCAUCACUCUGUAACAAAGAGCACUCUAUUAAAUAGGAGAUUGAAUGGGAUGGGAUUUUUUGAGGCAUGUUUUAGUGGGAUGCCUAUCCUAUCCAUAUGAAAGAGAAAAUGUGAGUCUCACUGAGUCCCAGUUCCAUGACAGGGAGCGUGUGUGUGUGUGUGUGUGUGUGUGUGUGUGUGUGUGUGUGUGUGUGUGCGUGCGUGUGCGCGUGUGUGCACGUUGACAUAACAGGACUGAAUAUGUGUUCCCUCACAGAUGGGAGGAGUUGGGUACUUCUGAAACACUGGCCACUGGUAGAAAACGCUUAAGGCCUUGGACCAGCACUGGAGAACGGAAGAUCGUCUCGGCUCCCAGCACGUCCUCCACUUCCAUUAGACCUGCCCGAGAGGAGAGACCCUCCAGCAAGCACUAUGGAGCCCCUGCCACAGGGACGAGAGGAUGGUCACGUACUGGAUGGUUCAUUUCAUGGACAUACUGUGGUUGAAUGGGAAUGAACAGUAUUUUAGAUGGACAUGACGUUGCCAUGACGUUAUUAUAGUUCCACACCAGAGGUGGAAAGUCCAGUUUGAGAGAGUAAAGAUCCAACUAUGCAUUUGGUUCUACCUGUGCACUUAACACCAAUUAGCUGACCUGAGGUGUGUUCCAAUAGCAAACGUAGGCGAACAUUUGCAAACCGUUUUCUGUUUGCCUCGCAAACAGUUUGAGGAGGUGGUCCUCCACGAAUAUACAGUGGAGCUGGAUGUGAGCUGGAUGAAGUGUUCCUGUUACAACAUAAUGUUUACACCAAAUUGUUCUAUUUAAGAUUCUAUAACACACAAUGCUCUGGCCAUUAAAUAGCCUUAGUUGCUAAAAUGGCCUUACAUUAAACAAACACCAAAUUGUUCAAAUGUAACUGUUCAGAAAAAAAAAACAUUCGCCAUGAACUUUUGCCACUGUUUGCUGAAUUUGAACACACCUCUGGCUUAAGAUUUGCGCUUAUUAAUAUCAGCUGAGUUGGUUGGAACACAUACAGUAUGUGGCAAGACUUUAUACUCUCUGGAGCUGGACCUGUCCGUCUCUGUUUCACAAGCCCCUGCACAGACACUUCCCCUCCCCCAGUCAGGUUCUUGUCUGUCCACCACUCUGUGGCUUUGAUGUGGAUAUCUAGUGUUCUUUACAAAAGAAAAGUAAUGAUAUUUAUUUUGUGAUUUUUUGUUUUGUACUGUGUUGUUUGGGUCUCAUGUGUUUGUUAUUUUUUGUUUUUGUGAUAUUUGCAAUAGUUAAACACUGAUUUUAUUGCUGGUUGAGUUGAAAGUGCAUGUCAGUCCUCCAUGCAUGCCUGUCUGUCACUGAAUUCACAGGAAUGGGAUACCAGGGCAAAAAGAUGUCCAGAGGCAUCAUACAUUCUGUAGCUAUUAAUAUAUGCCCCUUUGAGUGUUAUCCAUUAUUUAUAUUUGGUAACAAAACACAUUCCUAUUUUCAGCUCUUGUCUUUCAAAAUUCCCUCACUAAAUAUUUCUGCAAAAUAUGUAGUUCAUUUAAGCACACAGACAGAUGGUAAUAACCUAUCCACCAGAUGACACAUCUUAUAAAAGCUAUCCUUACAGGCCUCUGGUAAGAUUUUUGUUCACAUGAUAGUUUGUAGGCUUCAUGGAAGCUUAGAAUUACUCUAGUGAAAUCUCCACUCUCCCUUACCACAUAUAAGAUCCCUCAAAAAGAACAACACAAGGGUUUCUCUUGAUGGAUACCAAUAUACUGGUCCAUAAUCCUUGCAGUAAAGUCACUAGGGGCUGGACAUUGAUAGUCAUUUCCUGAGAGGCUGGCUGUGGGAACGAAUGUUGCUCUCCAACAGAGGGGAGGAGGAGUGAUGGGGGGGGGGGGGGGGGGGGGAGGCAGAACAGGAGAGUAAUUAGAAAUUUGGUCCACGAGGGAAUCAGGGACCACAAGCUAUGUUCCCCGUCUCAUUUUCUCUAGGCAAGCCUGGGCCAGCACACUAGGGCCAAAUAUAAUACCCCCCCCCCCCCCCGCCACCACCCAACCCAACCCAUAGACACACUUGUGUUUCCAUGCUCUAUUACAACAUGUUAAUACUCAAAGGUACGUCACUGGGGGUGCAGCGGGUGGGUGAGAUGACUUCUCUGUUUACCCUGCAGUUCAAGCAAAUCCCCCCGUCUAAUAAACAUCUUAAACUUCA